AUGAAGACUUCAACUCUCCUUACUACGGUCUUCGGACUUGCAUUGGCAAGUGCUCAGAACUUGUCUGGACAGCCGGCUUGUGCUACCCCCUGCCUCGCCUCCGCCAUCGCCGCCGCCGGCUGCCCCCUCACCGACCAAGGCUGCCAAUGCGGCACCGGCAAACCCGCCAUCCAAGCCGUCGUCGCAACCUGCCUCGUCGCAAACUGCAACGCCUCCGACCUCGCAGCCGCGGCCUCCAUCGGCAACGACCUCUGCGUAGCCUACUCUGCUACCGCUCCACCAGGUACUACGACCGAUGGUUCUGCCUUGACGACCCAGACGAGUGCGGGGGGCCCGGAGGUGAGUGGCUCGACGAGUGCGCCGCAGACGACGGGCACGAGUACCAGUGGUGGGGUUAGUGCGGCGACGACGAGCCCGGCGACGACGAGUCCGCCGAGGUCGAGCUCUGCUUCUCGAUCUGGAUCGAGAUCUGGAACUGGAGCCGCGCAAGGAACGUCUAGUACCUCUAGCGCGGGGGCUGCUCAGGGAGUUGUUGCUGGUGCGGGAGGUGUGGUGGGUUUGUUGUUGGGCUUGGUUGCUGCUUUGUAA